AUGGAGAGUGAUGCCAAUGUUACAAGAAAGACUGAUUUGGGUUGGAAGCAUGGGUAUUUAGCUGAUCCUAAAAACAAAAAUGAUGUGACAUGCAAGUAUUGUGGUAAAGUAGCCAAAGGUGGGAUUAACAGGCUCAAACAACAUCUAGCCGGUGGAUAUCGGAACAUAACAGAGUGUAAGAAGUGUCCUGAGCAUGUGAGAGAGGAGAUCAUUGAGUUCAUGGCCCAAAAGAAGAAUGCUCGAGAGACAAUAGAUAUGACACAUGAGCAUGAUAUGACUGAUUUUGAUGAUGAAGAUGAGAUGCUUAUGGGAACUGAGCCAACAGGGAAAAGGAAACAGAAUUCUACCCCAACAAGCAAUGCUAAAAGAGCUAAACAAGUUGGACCAAUGGAUGCUUUCUUCAAGUCCCCCUCACAAUCAACGGCCAAGCAAAAAACACUUAACGAAUCAUACAAGAAAGAACAAAGGAAGAAGGCAUGUGCUGAAUUUUCUAAGUGGAUGUAUGAUGCAGGAAUAGCCUUCAAUGCUCUCAAUUAUCCUAGCUUUAAAGUUGCAAUUGAUUGCAUAACUAGAGCUGGAAUUGGGAUGAAGCCACCAAGUGCAUAUGAAGCAAGAGUUCCAUUCUUGAAACAAGAAGUUGAAAACACUAAUGAGAAAAUGAGAAAUCACAGACAAGAAUGGCUCAAAACAGGCUGUUCAGUAAUGUCUGAUGGCUGGACAGAUAGGUGUGGAAGGACGAUAAUUAAUUUCCUUGUUAAUUGUUCAAAAGGAAGCAUGUUCCUAGAGUCCAUUGAUGCAUCAAGCUACUCAAAGACAGGAGAUAAGCUAUUUAUGCUGCUAAGCAAAGUUGUGGAGCAAGUCGGAGAAAGUAAUGUUGUGCAAGUUAUAUCUGAUAAUGGGAGCAAUUUUGUGGCUGCUGGUGCACUGUUAAUGGCUAAGUAUAAGCAUUUAUAUUGGACGCAUUCCCAUCAUUGA